AUGGAUAAUAGGACCUAUUUUGCAACCUACACUCUGAUGGAACCAAAAGGCUCUAAAUCAUACAGACAUAUAUAUUUCACAUGCUUUUUGUUUCUCUAUGUUCUGAUAUUGUUUCUGAAUUUAUGGCUCGGUGUUGUUAUCGUGUUGGAGAGGGCCCUUCAUGAACCAAUGUACAUUUUUUUGUGUAAUCUGUGUGUAAAUGGGGUAUAUGGAGCCACUGGGUUCUAUCCUAAAUUCCUGCGAGAUUUAAUACUGGAUUCAUAUGUGAUCCCAUCUAACAUGUGUUUCUUCCAGGCUUUUUUCAUCUAUAGUUCACUUAAGUGUGAUUACUGUACAUUAGCAGUGAUGGCAUAUGACAGACAUGUAGCUAUAUGUCAACCUUUAGACUAUCACUCACAGAUGAACAAAUUUUCUUGUAUCGUUUUACUUGGCUUCUUUUGGAUUGUACCAUUUAUUACUAUGUUCAGUGGUCUUCUGUUAACAAGCAGGUUGACAUUGUGUAAAUAUCACAUUGAUAAACUGUAUUGUGACAACUGGUCAAUAGUAAAACUCUCAUGUGAAUCAACUGUCACCAAUAACAUUUAUGGAUUUGUUUUUAUUUCAUUUUGUUUUUGCAUUUUUGUUGUAAUUAUUGUAUCCUAUAUUAAGCUCGUCAUUGCAUGUAAAGCAUCAUUAGAGUGCAGAAGGAAAUUCUGGCAGACAUGUGUACCUCAUAUGUCUUCACUGAUCAAUUUCACUAUUGCAUUACUUUUUGACACGAUGUACAGCAGAUAUGGUUUGAGUGAUUUUUCUGAGGAUCUACGUAAUUUUUUGGCUUUAGAGAUGAUUAUUGUGCCACCUCUUUUCAAUCCUGUAAUCUAUGGUUUAAAACUCAAAGAGGUUCGCAAAAGAAUCUUAAAACCAUGCAAUAUGAUGAAAAAAGCAUGAAGUACAGAUUUUCUGCUGUAUAUGUAUAUAAAAAGAUGAUGUCUUUUAAAAUUAAGACCCUUCAUGGAAACAUGCAAUGCUGAACAUUUACUGUAAAGAAGUAAAACAUAAAUGAAAACAUGCUUGUGUGAUUUUACAAUGCUGCGAAUAUGGGCC